UCACCCCUCCUCCCCUCCGGGCUGCUAGUAAACCUUCACACAGGCAGGCAGGCAGCAGGCAGGCCAUCCCCUGGCUGCCACAGCUGCUGUGCCGGUUGGGCCUGCCCUUAGAAAAGAGACAACCCAAAACUGCCCCCUCAACACACAGACACACUGAAAAGGAGGCAGGCAGUAGAGUCUGUCUUUCUGUUUCUAUCUCUCUAUCAUAUAACAACUACAGGACCAUCACUUUAACCUUCUGGAAUAUUCCUUCAUAUUUAAGUAGAGAGGACCCGAGAAGAACUGUAUAACAAAAUAAACAAACCUGGACACAAUAAUCAUUAGCCCAACUUCUGCCGGCCCAGCAGUACCUCCAUCUCCCCAGCGACUCCUCUUCCUCUCACACAGACAGACAGACAGACAGACAGACAGACAGACAGACAGACAGACAUACCCAUCCAGCCAGGUAAUCUGUGUCUUCUCCCCACCUGGUUUAAGUGCCGGCCUAGUUAGGUGUCCAGUAUCUAGUUAGGUGUCCAGUAUCUAGUUAGGUGUCCCUUAUCUAGUUAGGUGUCCAGUAUCUAGUUAGAUUUCCAGUAUCUCUUGGUCCAGCCCUGCUACCCAGUGCUCCAGUCUCUGCAGCCUAUACCCGGGCCCCUCCAGACCAGGCUUUCUCAGGUCCAGGUAUCCUUGCCAGGCCUACCGCCUAACCACCGACAGAUAAGCCUUCGUGGCCUCCAUUCCUCCAGCCAGGUAGGCCCGCCAACCCCAGUACUCCAGUCUUGCUGCUCCACCCAGGCUCUUCCAGUCCAGGUCCAGCUAUCGCUGUCCGGCCCGACCAUGGUUCUGUGUGAGGACAGGGAGUGUGGGGUGUGUUAUCAGCCCUACUCCCGUCAGGAUCGGAUCCCCCGGGUGCUCCACUGUAGACACACCUUCUGUGCCACCUGCUUAGAGACCAUGUCCCAGCCCAAGAGUGACAUGGUCACCGUGUGCUGCCCGCUGUGCCGCCAGACCACCUGUGUAGGGCGCGGCCUCAGCCUUCAGGAGGCGCUGUGGGUCAACUCACGCCUCUGGGAAUACAUACCUGAGAGCAAAGAAGAGGAGGAGGAGGUGAAGGAAGAAGAGGAGGAGGAGGAGGUGAAGGAAGAAGAGGAGGAGGAGAGAGUGGAGGCUGACAGACAGACACAGGCCUCCUCACAGGCAGAAUGCCCUACGUCGAAGCGCUCUAGAAAAAUGCUGAAAUUUCCGGCCUUCCUCAGGAAAUUCAGUCUGACAAAACCACAGCAUCAAGAGAGUCUCGUGCCUGGUUGUGGCAACGUGGAGAUGAAAUCCUGGCGCAGGCUUCCAACCGCUGACACUUUUUAGGUCUCUCACGCGCUCGACGCAGGGAUGUACGUGUACUGUAUAAACAGUGGAGUGUUUACAGUUUCUCUCUGAUAUAAUAAUCUGCAUCUUUUGAACAAUGACGUGUAGAUUACCAGUUGACACCCACAGUCAACGGGCAACACUGUUAAAGAACAGCUCAGAGACAGUUGGGUCUGUAUCCAAUAUGGCACCCUAGUCCCUACAGGCUCUGGUUAAAAGUAGUGCACUAUAUAGGGAAUAGGGUUCCAUAGGGCUCUGGUCUAAAGUAGUGCACUAUAUAGGGAAUAGGGCUCUGGUUAAAAGUAGUGCACUAUAUAGGGAAUAGGGUGGCGUUUGGGACAUACGUUUGGAGAAGCCAGUACGCGUCCAUGUGUGUAUUGACUCUGACAAGAUAGCCUUCAUUGUUGAGAAGCAGUGAAACCGCCCCCAGUCGUCCUGUCUUCUUCCCCAUUGGUUAUUUUAGCCUUAAUUCCCCACAGCUGGUGCAGUGGGAUUUGGUUCAGCUGUCUCUAGGACAGACGUCCCAGUGGAAGCCAGGGUACCCCCUCCAACCACUCCCUCCUGCUGCCCCCCCCCCCCCCUCCUCUUAACAGAUGGCCUCCUGAGGAUGACCCCCCCCCUCCACCCUCCUCCUUCCCCAGUGUCUGCAAACAGAGCGUUUAAUUUAUUAUCAGCUUUUGCAUUCACGUCAAUUUUUUUAAAUAUAUUAUCUUUAAUAAAUAAAUAAAAAGUUGAUUUGAAAAUA